AUGAAUAUCCCGCCUCUUGCACGACAGUUCCUAGUGGCGGGAUCAACGCACCUAGCUGCAUUGACGGCCGGUGGCGUAGUGGCUUAUCCCGGGGUAUUAUUACAGCAGUUCAAAGCUAACGAUACUAUCAUACACCUCGAUUUGGAUAACGGAUCAUGGAUAGGUUCCGUGCACGGCCUAGCAGGCAUCCCAAGCUUCCUAAUGCCAUUCCUCAUGCAAUACCAAGGUCGAAAAUUCGCGUACAUUCUAAGCUGCAUACUCAUCAUAAUAGGAUGGAUAUUUACUUACGCAGCUACUAAUAUCAAGACCCUUAUUAUAGGCGAAUGUUUCCACGGGUUGGGAGGCCACAGUCUACUACCAAUUAGCUUUCUAAGCAUAUCAGAAAUGGUGCAACCGAAGUAUAGAAACAUGUGUUUGUUAUUCUACGGCACGGCUCAAGCGCUAGGCAUGUCAGUAGUAGGAAUAAUAGGCAGGUAUGUUCAUUGGAAAAUUGCAGGACUGGUUAUGUGCUGUCCAAUUAUUUUGGCUCUUUUGAUCGGAUUUAUAUGGCCUGAAUCACCGUCGUGGCUAGCUUAUAAAGGCAGAUUUCAAGAGUGUGAAGAAACAUUUAAAAUGCUUAGAGGAACUGAUAAGGAAUCUUUGAAAGAAUUGAACGGAUUACUCAAUUCGCAUAAGGAUAACUCGGAAUUAAAACCGAGUAGACGGAGUUGGAUUAAAAAUUUUAGUACCACGUUAACUAGCAAAGAUUUCUAUAUACCGUCUUUUCUUACUUGUAUUUUGAUUAGUGUGUUUUAUUGGUCCGGGGGCUCAGCUGUGAUAAUCUAUUCAAGCGAUAUUACACUUAAUGCCACUAGUAAUAAGAACGAUCACAUAAAAUUUAUAUUAGACCUAACUUUUUUCAUAGGCUACAGUGUGACCACGAUUUUACUCAAAUACUUUAGCAGUAAAAAGGUUUUAUUAUUCAGUAUGUCUGGGUCGUCUGUAUUUAUGAUUUCAGCAGCUAUAGUUACUUAUUUGCAAAGUGUAGAUAUAGUUGCAAAAGAUUCUAUGUUAGGUGCAUAUUGUAUUGUCGUUUAUAUGAUAUUUUUUAGCUUAGGUUCUAACGGUGUAGGUUUUACAAUAGCCACAGAAUUAAUGCCUGUAAAACACCGAGGUUUGGGGGGAUGUAUAUUCGUGAUAUGCACUUGCAUAUUUCACUCUUCAGCUUUAAAGUCAUUCCCAUACUUAUGCGUUUAUAUACACAUGUGGGGGGCGUUCUUAAUCUAUGGUUUAUAUACUGUUGUCGCUGGUGUGAUUAUUUGCAUGUGUGUGCCGGAUACGAGUAAUAAAACUUUGCAAGAAAUAGAAGAGUAUUACAAUGUCGGUUAUUUUAAAGAGAGUAAUAAUGUAAACGUUGAUUUGGGAGUGCGACUAAGAUUCUUAAAGUCUGAUGAUCAUUAGAUUAUGAAAUAAUAUUGUUAUCUCCGAUUUAAUUUUAAGAAGCUGUAAUU